AUGUUGUCUUCCCUGUGGGGACACCCCCUGAUGAAGGAGCUCAUUCUAGAACGGGACCCGCGCACUGCCGGCUGGCCCAUGGUCGGGAACAAGCAGUUUCUGGUCUUCCUGUUUGCCGCGUAUAUAUACGUGGUGAAAAUCGGAGGGCCGCGCUUCAUGAAGAACCGCAAGCCGUACGAGGGCAUAAAGCCGCUAAUCAUUGCCUACAACGCCAGCAUGGUUCUGCUCAACUGCUACUUUACGGUGGCCUUCCUCAAGAGGUCGUACCUGGGCGGCGGCUACAGCCUCCUCUGCCAGGGCGUUGACUACGAGGUUCGCGACGAGGUCACGAUGGGCUUGCUGAACCUGUGCUGGUGGUACCUGCUCGUCAGGAUGGCCGACUUCCUGGAUACCGUGUUUUUCAUGCUGCGCAAGAAGGACUCGCACGCCUCUUUCCUGCACAUGGCGCACCACAUCCUCAUCGUGUUCAACGGCAGCUACGGCCUCGCCUAUGGUUCUGACGGCCAGAUCACCCUCGGAGUCAUCCUGAACAGCUUUGUGCACGUGGUGAUGUACUCCUACUAUCUACUGUCGCUGCUGGGACCGGCCGUGCGCAAGCAUCUCUGGUGGAAGCGGUACCUGACUCAGCUCCAGCUGGUGCAGUUCAUCAUCGUGUUCACGCACAACCUGCUGCCGCUGUUCAUCAGCUGCGGAUAUCCGCGACCGCACACCUACAUCAUGGUCUGUGAGGCCAUUUUCUUCUUCACCAUGUUCAUCCGCUUCUACUUCCAGGCCUACAAGAAAAAGAAAGCAAGCGAAUUCGCAAACAACAUGCGCGCAGCAGUACAAAGUAGCUUUUCAAGUGCUGCCCCAUUUCUCGCCUAAGUAUAUGAGGGGGCGGCAAACAUGGUAGAAGAAUUGGGAAGUGGUUACCUUCCAAGUUAUCCAUUGUAAGCAACAGACAACGUUGAGCAAAGGAGACAUGACCUAAAGUCACAUGAUCAACAAAAUGAGCCAUCAGUAAGAGUAAUUAUUUUUCUUAUCAUCCUUACCGAAGCCCCGCUGGUACAAUGUGAAACGCUACAGGCACUUCAUGGUGUUGCUGAUCGCGAUGCCUCGAGAACCGGCGUGUGGUUAAAAGGUGACGCACAACCACAUUGGUGACACUGAUAAAUUGCCAGGUUCUCUUAACUGUACAAACGAUUGAGUGAUUGGCCUGCCCGAUAUAUAUUUUGCCCCAAGUUCAAUGAGCAUCGUGCGCAGCCACCAAGCCACAGUCAGUGCACCUAUUGAAAGGCUGCAACAUCAAUAUUGUUUCUUGUGUAUGUAAUA